AUGUCUCCGUACACCAUGGUGGAUAACGCGGUGGUCCUAUUCGCGAUAUUCUUCACGUCGAUCGCGUUCGCCAGAUCCGUGAUAGUGCGCAUAUUGUACCUAGCCCUGACCGCAUGCGUUAAAGACGAGAUGGCGGUAACCUCACACUAUCUGCUGUUCGUAAUUCUGCCGCUCAGUUCGGAAUUUUUGCACGCGCAAAAGGUUUUCACGAUUUACAUAUACGCCAAUGUGAUGUGCUCCUUGACUACUUACCUGGCUAUGUUGACACUGACGAUAUCGAAGCUACUGCAUAAUGAAUUCCGCUCGGUUAAAAUUGUGUACAUGGUCGGAAUAUUGUGUAUCAUAUGCUGUAAUCUCUCUUAUCCCAUCGCAAUGGUUUUCAUUGUGCAAAAAAUGUACGUGCUCAUUAAUAUGACAGAGAACGUUCAAAUGGUAUUGGCGAGCACUUGGAUUAUAUUCUCCUUCUGUAUCGUCACAAUAAUACAAAUGAAAACUGUGGCGAAAUAUUUAGUGCAUAAUAACUUGGUGGGGGUACUUAGACCAAGUUCCAAGUAUGGGCCCCCUGACCUGGAGGAAAGGCUGAGAAGGCGGAAUUUCAAUGUUGCAUUGCUACAUAGGCAGUGCUUUCACCAAUGCGCAGUUCUUGACGAAAAACACGAUUGCAAUCAUAUGCCGUUGAUGUUCAAAGAAAAAAACAGACUAGCUUCCCAAUCCAAGAUAUCCCUCACGAAUAUUUACGAAGCAGGCCCAUCACGGAAGAAAUCUUCAGUGAUGCUGGACAGUUCGCAAAUGCAUUUCAAC